AGCAGUCAGUUUUCAUCGAGCCAGCAACGAGUUCAGUUCAAAUUGUUUUCUCUUGUGCGUGAAAUUCUAACGAAUUAUCAAAAAAAAAAAAAUCUCUUUAAAAUAAAUAGAAAAAUAAAACAACAUCCACCAACCUUUCAAAAUUUAAUCAACAACAAAAUACAAAUCGUAUCAAUUAAAAACGAAUCGUUAAAGUUUACAUAUUCAACAUCUUCAUUUAUCGAAAAGUAUAGCCAGAGCUUGUGAAGGGCACGAAACAAGAGCGCAUUCAUACGAAACUUGUUGAACUUAAACAAGCCAAAGUUACGUUGAUAAUUGAUAAAAAAAUAAUUAAAGAACGAAAGUUUACACAGACAUACACACACACACACAAAACAAUAAAACAAUAAUAAAGUGAGUCUUCCAACGAUUGAACAAAUAAAAUCCACAAGUGUAUUAUAAUUUUAAUUAACAAUUACAUAAUAUUACCUCCUUCAAUAAAAAAAGCUAUAAAAAGAGUCAAACAUACCCCAUUAACCCCACAAUAGAUAAAAAUAAGAAUUAAAUUUAGGAUUACUUAAAAAUAAAAAGGAAAACAAAACAUACGUAUCUAAUAGACAAUAAAACGUAGCUGAGUGGAUAAUUUCUUUUGUUCACAUUCGUUUGGUCAAAACAACAGAAUCGAUAUUGAAAAAAGCCGAAAGCGAAACUCUUUCGUUUCAUUGAUUAUUGUUUUUUUUUUGUUUUCAAAUUUUUCAAAAGUGAUCGAAUCAACUGUUGAUUAGUGUUGUUUGUUUUUACAAGUUCGAAAGGUGUGAAAGAGUCCUGUGGUGUCAGUGGUCAUAAAAAAUAGUACGAGCGAUUCGAAGACGAUUUUGUUGUGAAGUGUGCGUGUAAAACAACGACGACAACGGCGAUAACGUUGUAAGCAGCAAAGAGGUUCGAAAACGUUGAAAGAAAACGAAAAAACAAUGUCACCAUCACCGCCGAAUAAUGGCACAGCUUUUGAUGAUAAACCGGAAACGGGCAAUCGAUACAACGACAGUAUCCGCAAUGAAGAACCAUAUGAGCAGCAGCAGCAACAACAACAUCAUCACCAACGCAAACAAUUGGACUGGGAAGGUCCGCCAGCUCAAGGCCUUUAUGAUCCGGUGAACGAGCAUGAAGCAUGCGGUGUCGGUUUCAUUGUUGCUAUUGAUGGAAAACGAAGCCAUAAGAUUUUGCGUGAUGCACAAAAAUUAUCGUCCCGUAUGAAUCAUCGUGGUGCGUGCGCAUGUGAUAAUGACACGGGUGACGGUGCUGGUGUUCUUUCGGCCAUCCCCCAUGAACUCUACAGGAAGGAAUGUGCCAAGGAGAAAAUAACGUUACCAGAACCGGAAAAAUAUGCAACUGGUAUCAUUUACUUGGACGAGAGUACGCAUGAAGAAAUUGAAAAGGAAUUCGAAGCAUUGGCCACAAAUGUUGGAUUAACAGUGUUGGGAUGGCGUACAGUGCCCACAGAUAGUUCGGCAAUUGGUCGUGUUGCGCGCAAAAGUGAACCAUUAUCACGUCAAGUGUUUUUAUGCUCACCGACCGCAUUAACCGAUGCUGAAUUUCUGCGAGCCGUAUUUGUGCUACGAAAGCGUGCCACCCACGAGAUAAGCCACGAUAGACGACGCUUUUACAUCUGUUCAUUAUCGCAUCGUGUUAUUGUUUACAAAGGUCUAUUUACAUCCGAUCAAUUGUGGAACUAUUACAUCGAUUUAUUGAAUCCGGAAUUUGAUUCGUAUUUGGCAUUGGUGCACACACGUUUCAGUACAAAUACGUUUCCAUCAUGGGAACGGGCGCAUCCAUUGCGUGUACUUGCCCACAAUGGUGAAAUAAAUACGCUACGCGGUAAUGUGAAUUCAAUGACAGCACGUGAAGGUGUUAUGUCAAGUAGUGCAUAUGGUGAUGAAUUAAAAAAUUUAUUUCCGGUUGUUGAGCCGGGCCUAUCCGAUUCCGGUUCGGCCGAUUGUGUAUUGGAAUUUUUAACGAUGGCCGGCGAACGAUCAAUGCCCGAAGCCGUAAUGACCAUGUUUCCAGAAGCAUGGCAAAAUGAUCGAACAAUGCAACAAGAGAAACGUGACUAUUAUCAAUGGGCGGCAUGUGUAAUGGAACCAUGGGAUGGACCGGCAUUAGUAUCAUUCACCGAUGGACGUUAUAUUGGUGCUGUGCUCGAUCGAAACGGUUUACGUCCAUCACGUUUUUACAUUACCAAAGAUAAUAUAUUGGUAAUGGCAUCGGAAGUUGGCGUUUAUGAUGUACAUCCAGAAAAUGUUGUGCUUAAAAGUCGUUUGAAACCAGGACGCAUGCUGUUGGUUGAUACACAAGAAAAACUAUUCAUUCAAGAUGUUGAACUUAAAUCGAAAAUUGCCAAAUCACGACCACAUUCCGAUUGGUUAAAGGCAAAGAUUACAUUGGAAGACUUGCGACGUCAUGAUCUCUUGUCAAACAAUGAUGCAGUACCGAAUGUACAGGCGACAUCAAACAAUGUGAAUGGAACGAUUGAACCAAGAGGUAUAUUCGAUCCUCGAUUGCCACUAUACAAUUAUACAGCCGAAACGGUGAACAUGUUGCUUGUACCGAUGAUUAAGAACAAGAAGGAAGCACUCGGUUCUAUGGGUAAUGACGCCCCGUUGGCAUGUCUGUCACGUUUUCAACCUUUACCAUACGAAUAUUUCAAACAACUAUUCGCUCAGGUCACAAAUCCACCAAUCGAUCCAUUCAGAGAAAAGAUUGUCAUGUCAUUACAAUGUCCAAUUGGUCCGGAAGCAAAUUUAUUACAUCCAGCUGCUGAACAAACGCAUCGUCUUUGGAUUUCGAAUCCGAUUAUAAGCCGUACCGAUUUGACAAUAUUGAAGCGUACAACCUACAAGGGAUGGAAAUCAAAGGUCAUUGACAUUACGUUCCCAUAUUCGGAAGGUGUUGCCGGUUACAGUAAUGCAUUGCAACGAGUUUGCUUGGAAGGUCAACAGGCUGCCGAAAAUAAUCAAGUAUUAAUAUUAUCGGAUCGGAAUGCUUCUAAAGAUCGUAGCCCAUUGUCGGCAUUAUUAGCAACGGGUGCAUUACACCAUCAUUUGAUUGAAACGCGUAAUCGAAUGCGAGUUGCCUUGGUCGUUGAAACGGCCGAAGUCAGUGAAGUUCAUCAUGUGUGCGUCAUACUUGGAUAUGGAGCCGAUGCCAUUUGUCCAUAUUUGGCAUUCGAAUUGGCUGGUGCACUGCGGGACGAAGGUGUUCUCGAUCAAAGCAUCACCGAUCAACAAAUCUAUGCAUCUUAUGCACAGGCUGUCGACACUGGUAUUUCAAAAGUGAUGGCCAAAAUGGGCAUCAGUACAUUGCAAUCGUACAAAAGUGCUCAAAUCUUUGAAAUUGUUGGAUUGGGCACUGAGUUGGUGGAACGCUGUUUCCGUGGCACUCAAUCACGCAUUGGCGGUGUUACAAUGGACAUUAUUGCCGCUGAAAAUUUGUAUCGUCAUCAAAUGGCUUAUGGCAAAGAUCGUCCCGAUCAAUACAUUCUACGUAAUCCGGGUGUUUAUCAUUGGCGUAACGGUGGCGAAGGUCAUAUCAAUGCACCCGGUUCAAUUGCCAGUUUACAAGAGGCAGCCAUUAAUAAUAAUAAAAAUGCAUUUACACAAUUCCGUGAUCAAACGUUGCAAAGUGUGAAACAGUGCACGUUGAGAGGUCAAUUGGAAUUUGUUGAUGAUCGUGAAAAGAUUGAUAUCAAUGAAGUUGAAUCGGCUGCUGAAAUUGUUAAGCGAUUUGCAACGGGUGCCAUGAGCUUUGGCAGUAUUUCACUUGAAGCGCACUCCACAUUGGCCAUUUCGAUGAAUCGCAUCGGUGGCAAAAGCAACACCGGUGAAGGUGGUGAAAAUUCCGACCGAUAUUUGAAUCAAGAUCCACAAAGCAACAAACGAUCGGCAAUCAAACAAGUUGCAUCGGGUCGUUUUGGAGUGACCGCAUCUUAUUUGGCCAAUGCCGAUGAUUUGCAAAUUAAAAUGGCACAAGGUGCCAAACCAGGCGAAGGCGGUGAAUUGCCAGGAUACAAAGUCACCAAAGAUAUUGCCAAUGUUCGUCAUUCGGUAGCCGGUGUUGGUUUGAUUUCACCACCACCACAUCACGACAUUUAUUCGAUCGAAGAUUUGGCCGAAUUGAUUUACGAUUUGAAAUGCGCCAAUCCAAGUGCUCGCAUUAGUGUUAAACUUGUAUCGGAAGUUGGAGUUGGUGUUGUUGCUGCUGGUGUUGCAAAAGGAAAAGCUGAGCACAUCACAGUAUCAGGUCAUGAUGGUGGUACUGGUGCAUCGUCUUGGACGGGCAUUAAAUCGGCCGGUUUACCAUGGGAAUUGGGCGUUGCCGAAACACAUCAAGUGUUAGUGUUAAAUAAUCUGCGAUCCAGAAUCAUUUUACAAGCGGACGGACAAUUGAGAACUGGUUUUGAUGUUGUUGUGGCCGCACUUUUGGGAGCUGAUGAAUUCGGCUUCAGUACAGCACCGCUCAUUGUUAUGGGCUGUACAAUGAUGCGAAAGUGUCAUUUGAAUACGUGUCCAGUCGGUAUUGCCACACAAGAUCCAAUAUUGAGAGAAAAAUUCGCUGGCAAACCAGAGCAUGUCAUCAAUUUCUUCUUUUUAUUGGCUGAAGAUAUUCGUCAAAUAAUGGCCAAUUUGGGUAUUCGCAAAUUCCAAGAUUUAAUUGGUCGCACCGAUUUGCUUCGUGUGAAAAAAGAUUUAGAACAAAAAGAAUCGACAUUAGAUUUUUCUUUGAUUCUUAAGAAUGCAUUGGAUCUGCGACCUGGCACCAACAUUCGUGGUGGUUCGAUCAAACAAGAUUUCGGCCUUGAAACACGCGCCGACAAUGUGCUUAUCGCCAAAUCACUUGGCGUCAUCAAUGGCACCGAAAAACAUGUUGACAUCGUGUCGGUAAUCAACAAUGAAGAACGUGCCUACACCAGCACACUCAGCUACACAAUUGCAUGCAAACAUGGUGACAGUCUUCCCGAUGGAAGAACCAUAAAUAUUUCAUUGAAAGGUUCGGCUGGUCAAAGUUUCGGUGCAUUUUUGGUGGGCGGUAUAACAUUAAAUUUGGAGGGCGAUGCCAACGAUUAUGUUGGCAAAGGUUUGUGCGGCGGCACAAUUAUCAUUCAACCGCCAAAGGAAUCGACAUUUGAAUCACAUUUGAAUGUGAUUGUCGGUAAUGUAUGCUUGUACGGUGCUACAAGCGGAAAAGCAUUCUUCAGGGGCAUUGCCGCCGAGCGAUUCUGUGUACGUAAUUCGGGUGUAACAGCUGUUGUUGAAGGUGUUGGUGAUCAUGGUUGUGAAUACAUGACGGGUGGUACAGUUGUUGUUUUGGGUUUGACUGGUCGAAACUUUGCGGCUGGUAUGUCAGGCGGUACUGCCUAUGUAUAUGAUAUUGAUGGUUCAUUCCGCGGUAAAACAAAUGCGGAAACGGUUGAUCUAUUGUUGUUGGAUAAAGAGAAAGACAAAGCGACUGUAAAAGUAUUGCUCGAAGAGUUUUUCGAAAAUACUGGUUCGCUGAUUGCUAAAAAGAUUCUAUCAACCUGGCCGGCCGAAUGUGGAAAAUUUGUAAAGGUAUUCCCAUUCGAGUAUCAACGUGCAUUGAAAGCAAUUGAAGAGGAGCAAGCCCAAAAGUCUGUAUCGAAAUUUGUGAAACAAAACAGUGCCAUUGCAUUGUCAAAUGGUCGUGCCGAGCCGUCAAUCCAAGAUAUCGAAGAAGCGAUCCGUGAUGAAAAGCUUACCGAAAAAUUGGCCGAAAAAGUGUUGGACAAAACACACGGCUUCAUCAAAUACAAACGGGAAAAGGGCAUGUAUCGUGAUCCAGAAGAGCGUCAAAAGGACUACGAUGAAAUUUACAAUUUCAAGCAUGUGCGCAAAGGAUUGAAAACACAAGCGGCACGCUGUAUGGACUGUGGCAUUCCAUUUUGUCAAUCAAAUGUGCACGGUUGUCCGCUUGGUAAUAUCAUUCCAAAAUGGAACGAUUUAAUAUUCCACGGUUCAUGGAAAGAGGCUCUCGAACAAUUGUUGCAAACAAAUAAUUUCCCUGAGUUUACUGGACGCGUUUGCCCCGCACCAUGCGAAGGUUCCUGUGUUCUUGGCAUUUCCGAAUUACCGGUCACAAUUAAGAACAUUGAAUGUGCGAUCAUCGAUCAUGCAUACGAACAAGGAUGGAUCACUCCAAAGAUUCCAGAAGUUCGUACAGGUAAAAAGGUGGCAAUUAUCGGUUCUGGACCAUCCGGAUUGGCAGCCGCUGCACAACUAAAUAAAGCUGGUCAUACUGUUACGGUUUAUGAGCGUAACGAUCGUGUUGGUGGCCUACUUCAGUAUGGCAUUCCAACAAUGAAAUUGUCGAAAGAAGUGGUUAAGCGGCGCGUUGAUUUGCUUGCCGCCGAAGGAAUUACAUUCAAAACAAAUUGCUUUAUUGGCAAAGAUGUGCCAGCCGAUGAUUUAGUUAAAGAUAAUGAUGCGGUUUUAUUAACAACCGGCGCAACAUGGCCACGUGAUUUACAAUUACCGAAACGUGAUUUGAAUGGCAUUCAUUUUGCCAUGGAAUUUUUGGAAUCGGGACAAAAGAAACAGUUGGGCGGUACCAAAGAAAACAUUUUGGCAACUGAUAAAGAUGUUUUAGUCAUUGGUGGCGGUGAUACAGGCUGUGAUUGUAUUGCAACAUCGUUGAGACAAGGUGCCAAAUCGAUUACAUCGUUUGAAAUUUUACCAACACCACCACCAAGUCGGGCCGGUGAUAAUCCAUGGCCACAAUGGCCAAAAGUGUUCCGUGUUGAUUAUGGACACGAUGAAGUCAAAGUUAAAUUUGGCAAAGAUCCACGUCAAUACAGUACAACGACAAAAGAGUUCGUUGACGAUGGCAAGGGUAAUAUUAAGGGUGUGAAUACUAUUCAAGUCGAAUGGACCCAAAGUCCGACUGGACAGUGGAGCAUGAAGGAAGUUCCAGGUUCAGAAAAAUACUAUGCCGCCGAUUUGAUACUGUUGGCAAUGGGUUUCUUGGGCCCAGAAAAAACCGUUCCAAAUGAGCUCGGACUAGAUCUCGAUAAUCGUGGUAACGUUAAAGCGGUCAAUGGACAAUACGGUUCAUCUCGACCAGGCAUCUUCGCUGCUGGAGAUUGUCGAAGAGGUCAAUCGUUGGUCGUUUGGGCCAUAUCAGAAGGACGACAAGCAGCUCGACAAAUUGACGCAUACUUAGGUGGAAAACAACAGAGUAAAUUACCCGGUCCGGGUGGUGUCAUCGACUUCUGGUCAACGACUUCAGCCGCAUAAACACUGCAACACAGUCAAUUCUAUAUACAAAAAAAAAUAAAGAUACAAAUAAAUUGUAUACACCAUACAAAGAAAACAAACAAAACAAGAAAAAAUAUUAUUUUAUUCUAAAGAUAAUAAUUUGCUAGUGAAAGUGGAUCAUCAGGGAUGAAGAGUUUUACGUGAAAUUUGGACUUAUAAUUUCGUUUGUGAUAUUUUUAUAAGGAAAAUCCCGCACCCUCUCUUUCACGUGUUUAUUUUGUAAACCAUAAUUGCAUCUUUUGUAUCAUUAAACUUUCAUUUAUUAUCUGUUCUUUUUUGAAGUCGUA